AUGCGCGCGACCUUCCGCCUCCUUGCCGCCGUCCGGCCGGCCGCGCGGUUUCUCGAAGCGGGCACUCCGACAGGCCUGACAGGCCUCACUACCCACGCCUCCCCGCGAUCGACCCUCCUCUACCUCUACACCUCGACCCUCGAAAAGCUCAAGGCCGUACCCGACCACUCGGUCUACCGCCAGUCCGUCGAGGCCCUCACAAAGCACCGCAUGGCCCUUGUCGAGGGCAUCGUGCCCCCCGGAUACGACGAGUGGGCCGAGAGGGCGCAGGAGCUAGUUGCCGGGCACCCCGACCAGUUCGCCGUCGCGCAGAAGGACGGCGUCAGCGGCGCGAAGGCCAUUAAGCUAGAGCGCGGCGGCCAGGCUUUUGUAGUGCACCAGAUCCCCCGGAAGGAGGAUAUGCGUUACGAAGAGUGGGACGGCGAGCAGGACGAGGGCCCGGAGCUCGAGGGCAGCAGGACGAUCGAGGAGAAGGAGGACCUGAAACAUAUCUUUGAGAGGAGGGAUAUCUCGGAUGUUCAGAACCAGGUGGAGUGGGAGCCAGAGCCGCAACUUACGGCUGACCAAAUCUCGGAGCUCGAGACCAAGAUUGGCGCUGGUCUGAUCGAGGAGGUUAUCCAGGUGGCUGAGGGCGAGCUCAAGCUGGUGGACACCAUGGUUGAGUCCAAGGUCUGGGAGCCUCUGGAGGAGCAACCGGCCGAGGGCCAAUGGACCUACUUUGAGCGCAAGGCGUAG